CUCUCUCUCUCUCUCUCUCUCUAUAUAUAUAUAUAUAUAUACUGGUUGGUUGUAUUGAUCUGACGUGGGCAUAUUUUCAGAUCACCAGAGUGUGAAGGCGAUCCAAAGGAAGACGACUGGGACAGGUCAGAUAAGGUACCUCUACAACGUACCUCGCAGAUUCAAGAGUAGUUUUAGAUAAGGUGAUACCUCCCACCCCCUUACAUUUUUCGACCUCCCACCCCCUUACAUUUUUCGGCCUUACAAUUGUUUGAUUCUUUAUCUCAGUUGAUUGAAAUGCAAUUGUUUGUCCCAGAUUCGUCUGUACCAUCCUUAGUUUCGUUGUCUACUCCAUAAGCAUGAAAGCUCUCUUAUGAAACCAAGGUAAAUUGGGUUCUUGCUUUUUUUUCUCUUCAAUUUUCAACUCACAAUUCGACUGUAAUUCAUAUUUUCAAUGAUUUCUCAUAACCAAAUUUGAGUGAAUUCAGUUUCCAAUCCCCAUUUAUUUGGUGCCACUGGUUCAAUCUUUCAUUGUUGUCACAAAUUCUCUCUCGCAUUCUCACAUGGCGACAAGUUCUCAUCUUCCUCCAACAACAGACCCUUUGAUCAGAAUUCGAGACCCAUCUCUUCUAUGGAGGUGGGUAGUCAAGAAAGUUUACGAAAACUGAAAUGGGUUAGACAAGGAAUCGAUAGUGUGUGUCAGAUUUUGGAGGGUUGUUCAUGGGGACCUUCUUUGGAAAAUGAACUACAUGUGUUUGAUGAAAUGCCUCAAACAGAGUUAGUCAUUGGAGUCUUAAAGAGGCUCAAGGAUUUUGAUCUAGUAAUGAGCUAUUUUUGAUUUGUUGAAACGAAAAGCAACAAAGCACAUUGUCCAGAAGCUUAUAAUUCGCUUCUCAUGGUAAUGGGUAGGAGCAAAAAAUGUGAUUGUCUUGAUCAGAUUUUGGAGGAAAUGAAUCUUUCUGGGUUUGGCCCAUCUAACAGUACUUGUUUUGAUUUAGUUGUCAGCUGUGUCAAGUCUCAUAAGCUGUGAGAAGCGUUUGGUUUCAUAGAAUCCAUGAGAAAAUUCAAAUUUCACCUUGCGUUUUCUGCUUAUACAACUCUGAUUGGUGCUUUGUCUGCAGUUCCUGAACCUGACCUCAUGCUUACUCUGUUUCAUCAGAUGCAAGAGCUAGGCUAUGAAAUGAAUGUGCAAUUGUUCACGAUGCUCAUUUGCGUGUUUGCCAAAGAGGGUCGGGUUGAUACUGCUUUUUUGUUGUUAGAUGAGAUGAAAAACAACUGCUUUGAUGCAGAUAUUGUCCUCUAUAAUGUUUGUAUUGAUUGCUUUGGGAAAGUGGGUAAGGUGGAUGUGGCUUGGAAAUUCUUUCAUGAGAUGAAAGCGAAUGGCCUUAUGCCCGAUAAUGUGACCUAUACAAGCAUGAUAGGGGUUCUAUGGAAAGCUAAUAGGUUGAAUGAAGCUGUGGAGCUAUUUGAGCAGAUGGAACUUAACAGGAAAGUUCCAUGUGCAUAUGCUUAUAACACCAUGAUCAUGGCUUAUGGCUCGGCUGGAAAGUUCGAUGAAGCUUACAAUUUACUCGAGAGACAAAAACCAAAGGGAAGCAUUCCUAGUGUGAUUGCGUAUAAUAGUAUUCUUACAUGUCUUGCGAAGAAUGGUAGGGUAGAUGAGGCUUUAAGGAUAUUUGAGGAGAUGAAGAACAAUGCAACCCCUAAUCUUUCAACCUAUAAUAUUCUCAUAGGCAUGCUUUGUAAGGCGGGGAAAGUGGAGGAAGCUUUGGUGAUUCAGGAAGCCAUGAAAGGAGCUGGCUUGUUUCCAAAUGUUUUGACCAUGAAUAUAAUGAUUGAUAGGUUGUGUAAGCCAUCACAGAUUGAACGUACUAUUGCUAUUGUAUACAUGUUAAAUUCUCAAGUUUUCUUCUUAGUUAAAUUCUUUGGCUGUGUGUUAUGCUAUAUUUUAAUUACAUUACUUGGGUGUGUUAUUGUUCCUUAAUUGUGGUUGGGUUGAAUGAAUUUUGUUUGAUAUUGGAUUGAAUGUUUAUAAACAAAAAUUGAAUGCUCUCAAAAAAAAAAAAAAAAAA